GUUUUGCGACAUUUCCGUGCUGCUUUACGACAGUUGUGACAAACCAGAAGUGCCCAGACGUAGCAGAAAUCCUCCACAAACUGUCAAAAUUCUGCUCAUUUAAAGCAAACAUCGAGCGGAAUGAAAGGAGACAGGACAGCCUGAGGACUGAAAGACACACCCGAGGAAGAUAAGUGCGAUGAAAGAAUUAACGGGGUGUUUUCUCCAGCUGUCGUUGACCGUGUUAGCCACCUAGCUUCACUCAUUAGCCACCAGAGAAGUCAGUGUGUUUGGUACUCCUGGACCUGGAUCCGAACCUGUACCCGAACCUGGAGCACGGAUCUCCAUGUAACAGACAAUCUGCCAGCUCCCCUUGAUGCCCCUGGACCUGGACGCGGACCUGCAGCUGGAGGACAGGUCUCCAUGUGACUUCCUUCCAGCCUGGCUGCUGGUUCCAGACUCGGGCUCUUCGCUCCCUGAGCCGGCAGUGGGAGAAGCCGCUGGACCCGGAGGACAGGACUCCAUGUGACAGGCUUUCGUCUGCACGCUGGGUGCCGUCUCCAGACGCAGACUCUUUGCCGGCCUCCCCCUCUUUGCUCGGACUAUGUGGCUCCAGCAGCGCCUGAAGGGACUGCCAGGCUUGCUGUCCAGCAGCUGGGCCAGGAGGAUGCUCAUCGGACUGCUGCUCUUCCUCAUCUUCUACUGGUACAUGGGAGCGGAGCAGCGAUGGAGGUUCUUCAGCGGCUCGGCAAUGCCCGGCGGGGCGGCCGGACAGUGUCUCCUGGCUGAGAUCCACAGGUGGCGGUCUCUGGUGGACCGUGGAGAGGGGAUAUACAGCACACCUCAGGAACAGCUGGACACGCCGUUCGUAACGGGUAACGGCCACAUUCUGAUCGACGUCGACUCCAACAGACUGUGGGUGGCGUCGUCUUCGCAGCCCGGAUCGGCUCCCGUGCAUCAGACCGAAUUCUCCCCCAGGGUGGGCAUCCAUCUGGAGGGGGAGCGGGCCGAGGUCCAGGCCAGCCUGCUCUGGUUCCGGAAAGGAGCGGUCCUGUCCGUCCGUUGCGCCCUGCCUCCCAGCCUGCAGUCGGUCCGGGACUGUGUCACCAUCAGGGAGGAGUUCAUCGCUCACAGGAGCAGACCCAAUGUCUACCUGCAGCGGGUCAACAUACACAACCCCUCGGACCGGCCUGCCGCCUUGGACGUGUUUUCUGGGAAUCCUUCCUUUGGCAGCAAGUUCUCCACCAGCGUGGAGAAGCUGGAGGACCGAGAGGUCGUGCUGUCCUCCGGCAGGGUGCCGGUGGAGAACAACCGGAUGGUGCUGGUGGUGGUGGUCACCAAGAAGCUCAACGUGAGGAUCCAGGUCUCUGCGAAGUCGGACUACACGGACAACGUCCUGUCGGUGGUGUGGACCUCGGAGCCCAUCGACCCCUCCAAACUGGAGGAGACCUUCAGUGCCCUCAGAGAUGGAGCCAAGAAGGAGCUGGCGGACCUCCUGAGAUCCAGCGUGGACGACCUGGUGAUGGAUCACCAGAAGGCCUGGAUGGACCUGUUCAUCUCAGGUAUCGAGAUGAGGAAGAUCACGGACUCCCACACGCCGUCCAGCCGCACGGUGAACACCACCCUCUACUACAUCCUGUCCUCCUCCACGGCGCCCCUGCUGGACCGGAGGCUGAGCGGCGAGGAGCGCGCCCGCCUGGAGUCCACCCUCAGCUACGCCGACCACUGCUUCAGCGGCCACGCCACCAUGCACGCCGAGAACCUGUGGCCCGAGCGGCUGAGCAGCACGGCCCAGAUCCUGCAGCUGGUCACCCUGUGGACCCUGACGCUGCAGAAGCGGAGCUGCAAGGUGCUGGUGGCGGCCGGCGCGCACGGCGCCAUGCAGGGCAUGGUGCUCAGCUUCGGAGGGCUGCAGUUCACCGAGAACCACCUCCAGUUCCAGGCCGACCCCGACGUGCUGCACAACAGCUACGCCCUGAGGGGCAUCCACUACAACCAGGACACCCUGAGCCUGGCCGUGCUGCUGGACGUGGAGGGGAAGCCCUUCCUGCACGUGUCGGUGAAGCCGCAGGAGACGCCGGUCAAGCUGUACGCCUGCGAGGCCGGCUGCCUCAACGAGCCGGUGGAGCUCACCUCCGAGGUCAAGGGUCACACCUUCCCGGUGAUGGUGACGCAGCCCAUCACGCCGCUGCUCUACAUCUCCACCGACCUGCGCCACCUGCAGGACCUGCGCCACACCCUGCACCUCAAGGCCAUCCUGGCCCACGAGGAGCACAUGGCCAACCGGUACCCGGGCCUGCCCUUCCUCUUCUGGUUCAGCGUGGCGUCGCUCAUCACGCUCUUCCACCUCUUCCUCUUCAAGCUCAUUUACAACGAGUACUGUGGCCCCGGAGCGAAGCCCCUCUUCAGGAGCAAGGUAUAAGUCCAGAAGCACAGCGAGGAGUGAGGCCGGUCCGCUGUGCCCGGCCCCGGCGUGCGCCCCGGGUCCGGGUCUGGGUCCGGGUCUGGGUCCGGUCCAGGUCUGGGUCCGGGUCUGGGUCUGUGUUUGUGUGAGUGUGUGUUCCCAAACCUCCUUCUCUCUGUUGGGUUCUCGGUUCUCGGUUUGGACUUUCGCCUUCUCUGUCAGUGAACUUCUUCUCCUGUGUCGAGUUGUCCUGAGCCUCGAACCGCCGUCCCGCCCAGAGGACAGCGGCGGCGGUCCGGCACGUCCAGUCCACUUCCUCUGAGAGUCUGAGCGGUUAGCGGUGACGGCGCCCGUCUGCUGAGCCGUCUGGGCCGCCGGGCCAGCCUGCCUCUGGUCUCCAGUCAGUCUUCACCUCCACCGUCUGACACCGUGGUCAGCCUGAACAGUCAGACCCCCCGCGGUGAAGACGCCUCGCUGGACGUCCUGGAGACGAUCCUCCUCACACCCGCAGACGGACAGACGGACUCCAACCUUCACUCUGCCACUUCAUUAAAAACACCUGCUGCCUGAAUAUCCCAACCGUGUGUGUGUGUGUGUGUGUGUGUGUGUGUGUGUGUGUGUGUGUGUGUGUGUGUGUGUGUGUGUGUGUGUGUGUGUGUGUGUGUGUGUGUGUGUGUGUGUGUGUGUGUGUGUGUGUGUGUGUGUGUGUGUGUGUGUGUGUGUGUGUGUCUCAUUGCGUUGACUGAUCAGUUUCCAGUUCCUGCAGUGCUGCUGUCAUGUCUUCCUCCGUCAUGUCCUCUUCCUCAUGUCCUCCUCCGUCAUGUCCUCCUCCGUCAUGUCCUCUGUCAUGUCCUCCCUCAUGUCCUCCUUUGUUAUGUCCUCCUCUGUCAUGUCCUCCCUCUUGUCCUCCUCUGUCAUGUCCUCCUCCGUCAUGUCCUCCUCCGUCAUGUCCUCUGUCAUGUCCUCCCUCAUGUCCUCCUCCCUCAUGUCCUCAUUUGUUAUGUCCUCCUCUGUCAUGUCCUCCCUCUUGUCCUCCUCUGUCAUGUCCUCCUCCGUCAUGUCCUCCCUCCUGUCCUCCUCUGUCAUGUCCUCCUCUGUCAUGUCCUCCUCCGUCAUGUCCUCCCUCAUGUCCUCUGUACAGAAAUGUGAAGUGGAGCUGGAGGGUGUCUCUCUGUUCACUGAGAGGAGUACACUGGCUGUAAAAGAGCAGGACAGACAAAGGACUGUGGCCGUGGACAGUGUCCCUCACAGGAGUGUGGACUGUGCUCACCAGAAGAGUUUUCUGCUUUUCCUCUUUCCUCUGCAGUUUGAUGAUGUUUUAUAUUGAAUCACUCGAUUAAAUUAACAAGAAACGGUG